AUCGUCGUCAACUAAUUAUAAAUUCUCCUACAAAGUUCGGUGGGCACACACACACACACACACGCUGGGUGGAGAUAAAUGAACUCCCCAGUCAUUACACACACACGUUUCCACACGUUUCACUCCUCCAUCCAAUUCCCAAGAUGGCGCCAACGUAGACAUGUGUCUGUCUCUGUUAAAAUUUUGUACAAAAAAAAAUCAUUUUGAAAUAUCGGUCCAUUUCGAGGUAGAUAUUGCCAUAACGAGGACCAUCAUUUAUUGUACUAUUUAAUUAAUUGAGAGGUGUGAGUGGAAGAUUGUGUCAACUCGGUUUGAGUAUGGCAGCCUGUGGUGAUUAUAUCAAAAGUGAAUUUCCAACUAUAGACGACGAGUUGUAUCAUUAUGUCGAGGGUAUUCUUGACAGUUCAAAGGAUGAUUUUGAGGAUGGGGAGGAGGUGUAUGAGGCAAUUGGACAGGUGUUGCACGAGGUAGCUGACAAACCUGAAAACGAGGUUAGGCAAAUAUGCGAGACCCUCCUAGCAAUGUUGAAAGGCACCACCAACGGUGGAGAUGGAAAUCUCCAUGAGAAACGUCAAAAUGGUAUGAACAAAGUUCUGAAUGCCCCGGUGCAUUUGGGUGCAAUGGCCGCAACUCUAGAGGAACAGGUAGAACAAAUUAAGAGUAUUUGGGUGACGACAAGGGACGACACGAUGAAAGUGGAUGCCAAAAAACUCGAGAAAGCUGAAGCUAAACUUCAACAGAAGCAGGAAAAACGAACUGGCCAGGAUUCAAAUCCCAACAAGAAUAAUUUGAUUGGAAAUCAGUCAGGUGACACAGCCAGUGCCAGUCAAAUGAUGAGUAAAAAGGAGAGUAGGAUGGAGAGUAAAGGGGGAACUAAUAAAACACAGGACAUCAGGAUUGAGAACUUUGAUGUUGCAUAUGGGGACAGAGUUCUUCUUCAGGGUGCAGAUUUGACUCUGGCCUUUGGUCGUCGUUACGGUUUGAUAGGACGCAAUGGGCUUGGAAAAACCACCCUCUUACGAAUGAUUUCGAAUAAACAGUUGAGGAUACCUUCGCACGUUCGAGUACUGCAUGUGGAGCAGGAGGUAGCUGGUGACGAAACAUCAGCCCUCAAUUCAGUUCUCGAAUCUGAUACUGAGAGGAGUGCGUUAUUGAGUCGUGAGGCAGAACUCCAGGUGUUGAUCGAGAAGGAGGGAGGGAAGAGUGACACAUUGGGGGAGGAGUUGGCCAAGGUUUACGAGGCAAUGCAAACAGCUGAAGUGGAAAAAGCACCUUCGAGAGCUGGGGCUAUUCUCUCUGGUCUGGGAUUCUCGGUGGAGAGACAGUCCUGGCCGACAAAAGCCUUCUCAGGAGGCUGGAGGAUGCGAUUGGCACUGGCAAGGGCUCUCUUCUCCAGACCUGAUCUUUUAUUGCUCGAUGAACCCACCAAUAUGUUGGACAUCAAGGCAAUUCUGUGGUUAGAGAAGUAUCUGCAGUGUUGGCCCACUACAUUACUCGUCGUCUCUCACGAUCGAAAUUUCUUGGAUACUGUUCCCACGGAUAUACUUUACCUCAAGGGACAGAAGAUCGAGGCUUACAGGGGAAAUUACGAGCAAUUUGAGAAGACAAAGGGGGAGCGAGAGAAAAAUGCCCAGAGGGAGUACGAAGCCCAGCAGGCGAAACGAGCACAUGUACAGGAGUUCAUCGAUCGUUUUCGAUACAAUGCCAAUCGUGCCUCCAGUGUGCAGAGCAAGAUAAAAAUGUUGGAGAAAUUACCAGAGCUCAAAGCUGUGGAGAAGGAGGCUGAAGUCACCCUGAGAUUUCCUGAUGUCGUACCUCUCAGUCCACCGAUACUACAAUUGAAUGAAGUUUCAUUUCGUUAUGAAACAUCGAAAAAUAGUGAUUACAUAUUUACGGGUGUUAAUCUCACUGCCACACUUCAAUCACGGAUUUGUAUAGUUGGAGAGAAUGGGGCGGGGAAGACGACUUUAUUGAAGAUUAUUACGGGGACAUUGAGUCCAACUCGUGGGACUAUUCACAUACAUCGCAAUCUUAAAUUUGGAUAUUUUAGUCAGCAUCAUGUGGAUCAGCUUGAUAUGAGUGUGUGUCCUGUGGAAUUAUUACAGAAUCAUUUUCCAGGGAAGCCAACAGAAGAAUACAGGAGAAUGCUCGGUAGUUUUGGAGUCAGUGGAGAUCUUGCAUUGCAAACAAUUUGUUCUCUUUCUGGAGGACAAAAGUCCAGGGUUGCAUUUGCCCUCAUGUGUGCUGCUAUGCCCAAUUUUCUCGUUCUCGAUGAACCUACCAAUCAUCUUGAUAUCGAGUCGAUAGAGGCACUGGGCAAAGCUCUCAAUACUUGUCAGGCUGGUGUCAUUCUCGUAUCCCACGACGAGCGUUUAAUCAGGCUAGUGUGCACAGAGCUCUGGGUAUGUGGCCAAGGAUCAGUGCGAUGUAUUGAAGGUGGUUUCGACGAAUACCGCAAGAUCAUUGAAAAAGAACUCGAAGCUUAGACAUGAUUUUUUAAACUGGACCUCGCUAAUUCAAUUCUCACCAUUGUGUAUUUAAAUAUUGGGGGCAUUAGCCACAAAUAUUACUGCCUAACGAAAGGCCCAUAGGUAAUUCGAUGUAGGUACGUUUCUACAGAUGAUUUUGAAAUUGAAAAUUAUGAACUAUUUAAUAAAAAAAGAACAUCAGCAAUGACAAUUAAUGAAUCAAUAGGAAAUUGUUAUUUGACUAAGUAAUGUAAUUAUGAUCUGUUUAAUAGUAUUACAAUUUUACUGGUCGUUCUAAAUGACUAUUUAUAUUUAUAAAUUAUACAUUUGGCUAUUAUGCAUAAACUCAACAGCAUUUGGAAAUCUUCA